GUAUGCCAAGCUUUUGAUCAACGCCGGCAAAUACACACGCACAUGUUAAAAUGGCUGACAUAGGGAAGGUCCGAAACGUGAUUGCAGAUGCUGGAGCUUUCAUCAGAAAUGCUCCUCUCCAGAGUAUUGGAGAGAAAAUUUAUUCAUUACCUGAAGUUGUGAAGGAGAUCCGUGACAAAGCUACACUUCAGCGACUACAGGUGCUACCAUAUCAGCUCCAAUUCAGACAGCCUUCCCCAGAGUCUAUCAGAAAUGUGACUGAAUUUGCUAAAAAGACGGGAGACUAUCGAAGUCUGUCAGCUGUAGAUAUCAAGGUCAUGGCCUUGACCUAUCAGAUGGAGAAAGAGGUCGUUGGGUCAAGUCACAUCAAGGUCAUACCAGACAGAAAGAUAGAAUGGAAUGCUACCACAAAGAUGUUGGAGAAACCAACUGAUAUUGCUGGGUUUUACAUAAGUUCAAAGGCAAGUAAAUCCAGGUCAACAUCUGAGUGUACAGCAGACAUCAUAGAAUCCAGGGGGGAUGAGGCACAUGAUACACAAGAAGUGAUGACAUCAUCAGAAGAUCAGGAAAAUGUAAACAGCAAUUGUGAAUCUAGUGAGACAGAAGAGAAAGACAGUACACCAGUCAACAGUUGUGAACAAGAUUCUAUAUCUAACACAGAAAAUGAGGACUGUGUCAAUGGUAGUAGUAGACUUUUAGCUGAAGGGGAUACACUUUCUGCAGAUAUUCUAGAGGAAGAAAGUGAGGAUGAAGAUGAAGAUGAGGAUGAUGAUGAUGACGAUGAUGAUGAUGGAUGGAUCACACCUAGCAAUAUAAAAUCUGUAAAAGAACGGAUGGGAGAUGUAAAUACAGAAAAAGCUGAUGUGCCUGUGGGCUGUCUAACUACAGAUUUUGCUAUACAGAAUGUACUGAUACAGAUGGGCUUGAAUGUGAUCUCGGUGGAUGGAAUGUUGAUAAAGAAGGCCAAAAGCUAUGUUCUCCGCUGCUUUGCCUGUCUAAAGAUAACGAGUAAUGUGUUAAAAGAGUUUUGUCCCUCAUGUGGUAACAAUACACUACAGAAGGUCUCCAUGACUGUGGAGGAGGAUGGUACUAUUCGGUACUUCCUGUCCCGACGUAAACCACUCAGUACCCGCGGCACAAAGUAUUCUCUGCCAUUACCAAAGGGAGGUAAACAUGCGGUGAAUCCCAUUCUGGCUGAGGACACACCUGUUGCCCAACAGAGGGCUACACGAAAGUCUAAGCAGAAACUGAAUGCUUUAAACCCCGACUUUGUUGCUGGUGGUUCCCCUUUCACUGUCAAUGACAUUACUAGCCGCGCAUCUCAACUGGGGAUUAGACAAGGACGCUCCUCUCAUGGUUUCAACAAGAGGAACCCAAAUGAAGUGCGCAAAAAUUAUGGGAAAAGGAAAUAAAUAAUUAACUUUUUCUGGUUUAUAUUUAAGUAAUUUUUAAUAAAAUUGUUAUACAGGAA